AUGAGUAUUGAGAAGUACCAAGAGAUACUGCACGGUCCUUUGGCUGAGUAUGUGGGGAUCUCAUCGGAAAUCGGCGACGUCGUUGCCAUCCAGAGCCAAGUGGUUCACAAAGCGUUCCAAGCGCAAUUAAAAUAUAUUAGUGCGAUAUACCAAACGAAGCAGCCAAAGCAAGCGGACAUUGCAGACCUUCUCCAUCCCGUCUCGCAACAUAUUAAAACCGUGCAAGAAUUCUGCAACAAGAACCGAUCCUCGCCGCAUUUCAAUCAUCUCUCUGCAAUCGGCGAAGGCGUCUCUGCUUUGGCCUGGAUCACGGUGAGACCAUCCCCCUCUCAUUACAUCAAAGAAAUAAGGGAUGCCGGAGAAUAUUACACGAACAGGAUUUUAAGAGAAUGGAGGAACGUGGACAUCAACCAUAUCGAUUGGGUGAACGCGUGGAGCAGAACGUUGAACGAGUUGCAGGAGUACGUGAAGAAUAAUCACGCGACUGGCCUCGUCCUCAAGCCUAAGCUCCUCUUCGAUGAAAUCAAUCAAGGUGAGCACAUCUGUCGCAACCUGAGGAAAGUGGAUGAAAACGCGAGACCGAAACCGAGUCCGAGUCUCGCGCAGGACAUAAAAACAGCAACGCCGACGAGCGCUCCUUUCGGGGAGAGAAAGAAGGCCAUCACCGAAACUGCAGCCAGGUUCAUCCGGGAGUCGAAUAAAUGGAAUAUCGAGCACCAGAAUGGCAAUCACGGUCUGACGGUGUGCGAUGCCGGCAUGGACAAUUCUAUAUACUUGUAUAAAUGCGCAGAUUCCACGUUGACCGUUAAGGGAAAAGUGAAUUCGAUUAUCCUGGAUUCCUGCACGAAGACAUCCGUACUCUUCGAUAGCGUCAUAUCGGCGUUGGAAUUCAUAAAUUGCAGGGCCGUUCGGAUGCAAGUGAUUUCGAAGGUAUCGACUAUCAUGAUCAUGAAUACGGAUGGCUGUCAGAUAUAUCUGAGCAGGGACUCUCUGGACGUCCAAAUUAUCAGCUCGAAGUCCUCAGAAAUGAAUGUGCUGGUGCCCAGAGGCGCAGGAGAUUACAUCGAACAUCCCAUACCAGAACAAUACAAAAGCACGUUUGUCCACGGAAGAGGAAUUGUGACCGUUGACAUGGAUAAUAAUUAA